AUGACUGAUGAACAAGUGAAGCAAGCCGUGACUGACUUGAAACGAUAUGUUUCUGAACUUCGGAAAAUCCCGAAGAUGACUGACUUUCAAAUUUGUAGUUCGCAAGGUGGCAGUAUCUUGGACUGGCAAAUUCCCGAUAGUCAGCGAGAAGACCUACGGUUCAAGACGGAAGCCGAUUUUAACAAGUAUUUAACUGAUCCUUUUUGGGAGGAAAUUCGGAGACGUGCGGCCAAAUCGCAUGAUAUUCAUCACGAAAUUGUGUUUACGCAUGGCGACCUUAACCCAAGGAAUAUUCUCGCAGAAAAUGGAAGAACAACGGGUAUUGUCGAUGGGAGAAUGCAGGUCGAUUUCCUGAAUAUUGGGAGUAUACUAAGGCGCAUUACAGCGUCCGAAGCUUGA